AUGAUAAAGCGAUUUCUUGAUACAUGCGAGAUUUUGGUUUGGCUGUUCGCUUUGACACAUGCAUGCGGGGAUCAUGUCAAGCGUCAUCAGCCAUCAGCAUCCGAUCCGACGGGACGUCCAUAUCGAGAGCUUCAAUGGGGUGACCUCAACAUCAUUCACACAACGGACACUCAUGGUUGGCUCAUGGGACAUCUCCAUUCACAAGAACCUGAACCAAACUAUAGUGGAGAUUUUGGCGAUUUUCAAUCAUUUGUGUACCGAAUGAAGGAGAAGGCGGCAGAAAAGGGAGUCGACCUGUUGGUUAUCGAUACAGGUGAUCUUCAUGAUGGAAACGGAUUGAGUGAUGCGGAGCCAUUGGUACAUAUUGGUACCCCUCGAGGUUCUACUUCCAACAAAUACUUUGCUCGUGUACCUUACGACAUCUUGACUAUCGGAAAUCAUGAAUUGUACGACCUUCCGAUUGCUCAAGACAUGCAUGAUAAUUUUGCUCCUGUAUGGAAUGGUUCCUAUCUCACCUCCAAUGUCAACAUCACUACCUCAGGUACAUCUGUCCCCAUUGGAUCCCGGUAUCGUAAAUUCAAGACAACUCAAGGCAGGACUGUGACUGCAUUUGGUAUUACUUUUCAUUUCACUGCCAAUGCCAAUGGCACCGUGGUUCAGCCACCUACUGAGUUAGUGAAAGAGGCGUGGUUCCUUGAGGCUAUACGCGAAAGACCUGAUGUGUUCAUUCUUACUGGUCAUAUGGGUGCGGCAGAUGACGAUUGGAAGGUGGUACUCGAGGUGAUCCGAAAAUUACAUCCCAAAGUCCCGAUUAUGAUUCUAGGUGGACAUUACCAUAUUCGUGACUGUCGACAACUUGAUAGUCAUUCUAUGUCUAUUUCAAGUGGAAGAUAUAUGGAGACCAUCGGAUGGAUGAGUGUUCAGGGUUUAAAUCGAACCGGGGAUGUGAGCUUUUCAAGACGCUACCUCGAUCAGAAUAGAGUGACCUAUGCCUUCCAUGCUGGGUCGGGCUUCGACACCGAGGCUGGGAUCAACACCACUCAUGCCAUCAGUGAAACGGCUAAUAAGUUUAACAUCACCUACAAAUUUGGCACAGCUCCUCAGUCUUACUUUAACUAUCGAGUCCCCAUCACUGCCAAUAACUCGAUGACUUACCUGCUCACAGGACCUGAAGGAGUACUCCGAUCUGUGGUUCGAAGUCUCGAACGGCCUCAUCCUCCUCUGAUUGCACUCAACUCUGGAUCGAUACGUUUUGAUAUUUUCAAGGGAGAUUUUACGGUCAAUGAUGAGCUCAUCACUAUGCCGUUCAAGAAUGCAUUUGUUUAUGCACCCAACGUACCUCGGGAUGUUGCAGCUCAAUUCAUUGAUGCCUUGAAUACUGGUGGGAUUGGAAGCACUCGGCGUCGUCGAAGUCUUAUGGCACCAGAUGAAAAUGAUAGAAAUCAAGACUAUCAUACAGGUCAGAAUGUCGAAGAGAUAUACAUGUCAUAUCUACGAAAUCAACCUAGCGCUCAAACUUACUUUGGUCCGAUCAUAAGGAAGAAUGCGCGUAGCAGUGUUACACCUGAAUCAUAUGGCUAUGUAACAAAAGAUUCCUGUCCUGGAGUGGGUGAUGAUACUCCACAUAUUCCUUUACCGGUCUAUGAUCCACCUGAAUACGUUGGAACACCUCUUCCACCUGACGCAGAAGAAGUAGAUGUUGUAUUUUAUGAUUUUAUUUCUUCAUUUGCAUUAAAGGCUUUGAAUAAAGUGCAAUCGACCAAGACCUACACCAAAGCGGAUCUGCUACCUUAUGUAGAUAUCUUGGGAAACCAGAUGUUUGGACUAUAUGCUCAACAGAAAUGGAAUUAG